AUGUCCAUUGUGGAGCUACCUAUGUUGGAAGAGCUUAGUCUUUGGGAUAAUAACAUCACAGGUACCAUUCCUUCGAUUUUGGGAAUGAAUGGUAAACUCAAAAAACUUGAUCUUUCUACUAAUAAACUCACCGGAGUUAUCCCAAAGUCUUUAUCCUUUGGUCGGAAGUUGGAAAUCUUGAUUUUGUUCAACUAUUUCCUAUUCGGGCCAUUACCAGAUGAUCUUGGUAAAUCUCUGCUUCUCGGAGGUUGCCAUGGCAGAUUCCGAUCAUCUGGCAACCCAAUCCGGAGCUUUCAUCGGUUCAAAAUUUCAAAUGAUGAUCUUCUAACUGAAAUCCUUCUUCGGCUUCCAGUCACCUCUGUUCUUCAAUUCAGAUCUGUUUCUAAACACUGGCAAUGGCUUUUGAGCCACCCACGUUUCACCCUGAUGUAUAAAAAUGCUUCCAUCUCUCCUGGCCUUUUUGUUUGCAAUUCGUAUAUUCCAUUUGAUGUUGAGAACCAAAGUCCACCUCCUUUUCGAAAUCUCGACUUCUACCCUGAUUUUUGUGGUAUUGGAAUCGUGCAAUCUUGUAACGGACUGCUGCUUUGCUGUAGCAAGAAGGGGCACGAGCGUGUUCGUAGAUAUUACGUAUUCAAUCCCACAACUAAGCAAUUUGCACUCAUUCCAUCGGUUCCUGGAGGUAUGGAAGUUCGUAAAAACAUCCGUUUUAUGAUUCUGGCAUUUCAUCAAACAGGUUGUGUUCACUACAAGGUUGUUUGCAUCCACGUUAUGAAUCCUGAUGCGUUGUUCAAGAUUCAAAUUUACUCGUCUGAGACAGGGAAAUGGAAGAUUUUAGAUCAAUCUUUCUCUGCGCCAUAUUAUACACCUUUAAGAUAUGGAGUUUUUUGGAAUCAAGCGAUCCACUGGGCUCCCUCUUUUGUUAAUCCAUCGUACUUUAAGCUCGAUACACAGGAGUUGAAAUCGCUGCCAUUGCCGGAGACGGUGGCAUCUUUCGGAGGUUAUGGAGAUCGAGCAAUGCCCGUUUACUUUGGGGAAUCACGAGGCCAUCUGCAUUUGGUGGACAGGGUCGAUCGCAAUGAGAGUACUUUACAGCUGAACGUGUACGAGAUGUUGAACGAUCAUUCUGGAUGGUUUCUCAAGUUUCAAGUGGAGCUUGAUGAGCUGUUGAAUGCUUACCCGAAGAUGAUCAAUAGCUACCAGGAUCCUUCGAGCCUUGAUUAUUACGAAUUCGAAUUGUUUGAUGUGGUGAGAGGUGAAGAAGAAGAUGAUGAAGCAUUCUUUGUGAUCAAAGUUUCAGGGAAGAUUAUAAGGUACAAUGUUGUGGACAAGAGUUUCAAGCAGAUAUUUGAUCUUAAUCAUCUGACCGACCUUUCCUAUGGACGAAUCGGUGACUUGAAAGUUCAUCGCUAUAUUGAGAACUUGGCUUCUUUCUAA